AUGGGUCUGCUGAACUGCAAACCAGCCUCUAGUCCUAUGCUUUCCAAUCUCAAGCUUCAAAAGGACGAUGAAAAUCCAUAUCCGAAUCCAAAGCUCUAUAGACGUAUUAUUGGUCGCCUUCUCUACCUCACCAAUACACGACCAGAUCUUUCUUUUUAUGUCAAUAAACUCAGUCAAUUUGUUUCAAAUCCCAUGCAUUCUCACUCCAUUGCUGCUACUCGUGUCUUGCACUACAUCAAAAGUUGUCCUGGUAAAUGGCUUUCCUUUUCCUCCUCUUCCAGUUUGCAACUUUCUGCUUUCUCAAACAGCGACUGGGCAGCAUGCCCUGACUCAAGAAACUCCAUCACUGGUUAUAACGUUUUUCUUGGCUCCUCCCUCGUUUCUUAG